GUCCUCACCGGCCUCUCCUCCCGCCCCCAGGUCAUCGCGUACUCGCAGCGCCGCUACCGCAUCUUCGGGGAGACCAUCGACAUCGCCGUGGGCAACUGCCUGGACCGCUUCGCCCGCGUGCUCAAGAUCUCCAAUGACCCCAGUCCUGGCUACAACAUUGAGCAGAUGGCAAAGAAAGGUCAGAAGCUGGUGGAGCUGCCCUACACGGUGAAGGGGAUGGAUGUGUCGUUCUCAGGGAUCCUAUCCCACAUAGAGGAAGUGUCUCAUAAGAUGCUGGCAUCAGGAGAGUGCACCCCUGAGGACCUCUGCUUCUCCCUCCAGGAGACGGUGUUUGCGAUGCUGGUGGAGAUCACGGAGCGGGCCAUGGCGCACUGCGGCUCCCAGGAGGUGCUCAUUGUGGGCGGAGUUGGCUGUAACCUGCGGCUGCAGGAGAUGAUGGGGAUCAUGUGUGAAGAGCGAGGGGCCAAGCUGUUUGCAACAGAUGAGAGGUUCUGUAUUGAUAACGGGGCCAUGAUUGCUCAGGCUGGCUGGGAGAUGUUUCGUUCAGGACAGGUGACCACGCUGGAGGAUUCCUGGAUUACACAAAGGUACCGCACAGAUGAAGUAGAGGUGACCUGGCGUGAUUAACAACUUGGCCAUGCUGAGCAAGGCGGCCUCUGGCAGCAGCUGCUGCAUCCAGAGACACUUGGAGCCAGGUGCAGAAGAGGCACAGCUGGGAGCUAUUCCAGUUCAAGGUGCUGGGCUCCCUCCGGGUCCCAGGUUGGGGCUGUUUAAGUUCUGAAUAAAGCAGUUGGCUUUUGUA